UUACCAAUCAAAAAGUGAAAUUCCUUUAUAUUUACACACGCUUUAUGUUAUAGUAAAAAAUCAACAACAACAAAAUGUAAAAACUGAUUGCUGACGCUUAUGUGUAUUUGUUUAAACAAUUCGUAAGUUCAUUGUAUGUAAGCACGUAUAUGCAUACACACAGUGCUUUAAUGUCCGUUGGUAUUGUGGAAUCUGCCGGGAUUGCAACUAGCGGCAAAUAGUGGCAUGUUUAACACAAUAAUAAGACAAUUUACUAUAUUAAACCAAAAUGCUAACAAUAAUAACAAGGCUACGGAAGUUUGGCACAACAAACGCCAACGAAAGUGCACUAAACGAGCAGACAGGCGCGUGCUUUUUCGCAGGUGUGUGCAGGUGAAAAAUGCUCACGCACACAAACUCAGCUAAAUGUAUAUGUAUGUAUAUGUGUAUUGCCGCUUCCGACCUACGAGCCUCCAUCAACGAACUAUGCGCACAGUGGUCAGAAUUGUUACUUCUCUACUUCUGUCUUUACACUUUUUUCGUAUUUUAGCACUUUGCUCGCAUUUAAAUGCGACAACAAAAACGUUUACUAAUAAACAGUAGCAGAUGUGUGUAGUUGUGUUUGUAGGCAAAUGUGCGCAGACCGUAGAAAUGGUAGCAUUUACAGUCUGCAGUUUACGGACGGACAUUAACGUGGCAAGCCAUGCCCGGAGAAGACGCGUCCACACAAAACGCGUUGCGAAGCGUAUUACAAAUGCUUUGAGCUACCUUCUAAGCGUUAUGUUUGGGUACCCGAAAAAUGUGAAUCGGGCCUAAUAUAUGAACACAAUCUUAGACUAUGUGUAUUGCCCGACGAUGAUUGGGAAUGUGCACUUGGAGUUGACACACGAGGUAGCAAGCUAGAAGCUAAUGCAGGUGUUAAGCCGACGACGACGACGAUGACGACGACAAAUGAAACACAAAACCACAAACAAAUAAUACCAACAAAUAAGCUGAAAAAUGCAGAUCUACAUAUAAUAAACAAUAAGCACGAUAGAGGUGAUGACACAGAUGCUGCAAUAUCCUCGCUAAAGGAAGGACAUAAUGGCAAUGAUGUGGAGGUUGUAAUACAAAGCCAUAUAAACAGCGAAGAAAGGGAGGAGCUACGUGAUGACAUUGAAAUUGAGUCUAGUGGAGAUGGUGUUGGGGAGCUAAUGGAAAUUGAUGGUUUUUUGCAAGUGGAAAAUCGUGAAACCGAAGAGCACGAAGGUGAGGAGCACCUCAUCGAAGAUGAUGAAAACGAAAUAAAGCCGGAAACAUCGACGAAAAAGUCAAAAAUCGAUCCGAAAUUAACAGCGCACUUACAGCGUUUGUCACAAUUGAUUGAUGGAUUGAAAACCCAAUAUCAGAAGGAGGACGAACCGCAAAUGGAAUUGCGACCCGAUCAGUUAAAUGCUUUCCUCGCACAUUUUAAUAUACAAAACAAAUUUAGUUUGAUUAAACCUACUUUUGAGGCGAAUUCAAAAGAAAAAACCGACACAACAACAACUACUGAGGCACCAGAGUCUACGACAACAUAUGACAAAUAUGCAAUGACUUACAAAAAUAAGACACUUUUACAAGAACAUUUAGAUAACAAACUUAAACCGGAAACAAAGGUUGUACUCACCAAUGCGCUGCCGAAACGUUACGAUACCACAGGCUAUUCGAACUCGCAAAUUGUCGUAAAUCGGCCCGAAGGCUCAGUGCUCUUCACAUUGCCGCACUACGGUAAUGACCAGAGCAAUUAUGGGCAUAACACGCCGAAAAUAUCUGAGGAAACAUUAAAAACCGUAUUAGAAUUGUCUAAACAAAUGAUUGCCACACAAAAUGUACCGAAAAUAAUACCGAACGCCGGUUAUUACGCGCAGCCACUAAUACAACCGCUUUUCUUGCCUGCUUCAGCAUUUCAAGCACAGACGCAGACGAAUCCUUUUGCGGCAUAUUUUAAUGGCAACAAUAACAACAAUAAUCAGCAAGUAGAUUAUGAGGAUAACGAUAACAAAUAUGGUCAGUUCACCGGCACUUAUAACAAUCAGCAAAAACCGCUACUUCGACCGGCUAGUAGUUAUAGUAAGCCCGGUAAUACCAUCAUACACAACAAUGUCAUACCGGUGCAUCUGUUGUCCACAAAUUCGGGUGAAAAGGAAAUUGUCGACAGCUACGGGCAGAGCUUAGGCCUUUAUCCGCCACUUAAUGCUGGCAAUAACAACGGUUAUCAACAGCACUACGGUCCAACACACAAUUUCGUAGAUCAUACAUUUCUAGCGAGUUUCACCACCGAGCGUCCACAAGUCUCCACUACACCAACGCCCAGCUACGCUGCACAAUAUGCACCGUCAUAUGCCACAGAUUUGGGUGCGACCACCGCACGUCCCAAUGACUAUCAACCAACAUCGCCAACCCUUACCGAAUACUUUUCACCGAGUCCACAUUUAAACGAGAACAAUGUUAAUAAACUGUUUCAAUCAAACGAUCGCUAUCCGACUGUACAAUAUGAUGAUUUGCCACGCCCAUUAAAUUUAGGACGCCCCUCACUCUUCGCGCCACACAUGGACACACAUAAAGUCAAAUUACGUCCAAAUGGUCACAAAAUCGAGAGCAUGGAAAUCGAAACGGACGAUUAUAAUGACAAUCAAGCGCGUCCACUGCCACAAUUGUUCACCUACAAUUAUGACAACGAUAAAACGGAUAUAAGCAAUCAAUAUGAGGAACCGAGCUACAGUAGUGGCACCGGUAGCAACAAACACUCCUAUAUGCCGCGUCCAACUGCAGGCGCUGCCGCUACACGACCCACUUACACAAACGCCGCCAAUAAGUUGAAACCAUACAACACACACACUUCAACAUCUUUCAGCGAUGGCUCACAACUGGUCAAUAUGGGUGGCAAUUUUGUUAGUUACGAUGUUUUUCGAAACACAAUACUACCGCUACUUGGACACACGCAAGCGCUCAAUGAAUUAAAUAACGUUGAAGUCAUCACUUGCACCACCGGCGUACGCCAACCGAACACCACCGACUGCACGCGCUAUUACGUCUGCAGUAAGAAGGAUGGCAAAGUGCUUUCCUACUCAUGUCCACCAUAUACCGCUUUUAAUGCACAAUCGCGCAUUUGCGAUGCACAAACGUACGCUGCAUGCACGCCCGAAGCGCUUAUCAGCAGCUUUACCGUAACGGAGAAUAAACGCUUGCAAUUGGAAGCGUAUAAAGCGCUGCAAGAUGCCAAACGCCGGCAAGAGCAGGCGCUUAAAGCACAAAAUAUUGUAAAUCUAUUGCAAAAAUAUGGUGGUCAAACGCAAGCCUCAAUGGUGGACGCUAACGAAGAUGCACAGGGCGAUGAUAGCAAUGAGAAGAAUAUAUUGGAUGCUUAUGUGCAGCAAGCGGCCGCAAUGAAUGUCUACAACACAACGCCGAAGCCAACUGCGGCGCCUGUAAGGAAGCGUAAAUAUUAUUGCAAAGAAGGUGAUAAAAUUGCAGAUCAAACGUCGGCCAGUAAUUAUUUUGUUUGCUAUAAGAAUGCGCAAGGCAUGAUGAAGGGCCACAAGAUGAGUUGCACGAAGAAUUUGAUUUUCUGCUCGAAAAAUUCCAUGUGCACGCUGCCGAUUAAAUGCGCGUAGGUGAAACUAAAAACCGCCAAGUUAGUGACAUGAAGAAAGAAAUAGAAAAAUAAUGUAGGAAGUAGAGAAAUACGUUGACUUAGCUGGGCGAAUGCAGCGGAAGCGGAAUAAUGCAAAAGGAACUGUGUAUGCAGGCAAAUGUCAAAUUUCAGUGUUGCUACUUUUCUUUUUGAUUGAUCUAAUGCUGAUUUUUAUACAAACCGUAUUUCCGUACAUUUUUUAGCCUACAAUUAACGACUGCAAAUAUUUUUGCGAGUUAAGAUGAAGGUUUUAGUGUAUAAGUGUUAAGAAAUACUUUAAACUAUAGGAAAAAAUGUAAAAAAUUUUAAAUAACAAUGCCAAUUUGUAAAACAAUAAAAAUAGCAUAUAUUAGACUAUAUUUUGUAUAAAUUUCAUAUGUCCUUAAAGGAUAAAUGACAAACUUACUAU